AUGCCGAAAAAAGUCGCCAUCAUCGGCGCCGGCCCCUCCGGCCUCGUCAUGGCCAAAACCCUGCUGCAUCACUAUCCCCCCGGCCAUUUUGCGCCCGUCAUUUUCGAGUCGCGACAGACCGUGGGCGGACUAUGGGCAGUCACUGGCCCAAACGAAAAGCAGACAUCGUUUAUCGACGCGGAAAUGCGCACGAAUCUGAGUCGGUUUACGGUCUGCUUUUCGGAUUUUUCGUGGGAGCUCAAUGUUGGCGGCGUCGGUGUCGAUGAUACGUUUCCGCGCGCCGCGCAGGUGAAUGAGUACUUGGACAAGUAUGCAGCGAGAUAUAUACCGGGCCAUGUCUUGCGACUAGGCUGUCGGGUUUUGAACACGAGGAGGAAUUCUGAUGGUUGGAUAGUGAAGUGGGAAAAUGAUAAGGAUGUCCAAAAAGAAGAAGAAACAUUUGACUAUCUCGUCGUCGCAUCGGGAUACUUUAGCAGCCCACACAUCCCAUCUAUCCGGGGUCUCGACAGUUUUUCGCCAGAAAGAGUCAUUCACAGCUCCUCUCUCGCAUCGGCAAAAGGAAGACUAUUCACAGAGCUCUCAAACUUGCCAGGCAAACUCCUCGUCGUGGGUGGCAGUAUGUCCGGUGCCGAAGCUGCCUCGUCCCUGGCUUUGGCCUCGUCGUCGUCGUCGAACAACAUCCAGAUACAUCACCUCGCAACACGCCCGUUCUGGGCUGUACCGACCUAUCUUCCUGACGCAUCAUCCGGCUCGUUUCUUCCCCUGGACAUUGUCAUGUACGACCUCGCGCGACGCCCACACGGCGACAUUCAGUACUCGCUGAACCCUACAGCGCCACCAGAGAGGGCUCUUCUCGUCAACAAGUAUUUUUCCACGAUUCUUGGAUCUGAUCAAUCCGACGUUGCGCGGUUUAGUCACGACGGUGCUGCUGCUGCUGCUGAUGAUCUUGACCAGCGUCCGCCGUGGGUUGCAGUAACAGACCACUACGCCGAGUUUGUGCGCGCAGGCGAUAUCACAACGAGUCUGGGCCGUGUGGAAGCCGUGAACUGGCCAGCUGGGUCUGACCGAGGAACUGUACAAGUCAGAGAGAGCAGCAGCAGCAGCAGCACUACUACUAUUAAAGAUGUUGCAGGUAUAGUGCUAGCUACCGGGUUUACCCCCUUCAACGCGCUUGCAUUUCUGCCCGACGACGUUUUGGCCGCGCUCGAGUACGCGCCAGAUGACCCCGUGUUCCCGCUUGUCCUCGAUGAAAAAGCAACUUUUCAUCCGGCUGUGCCUGAUCUAGGGUUUGUCGGUAUGUAUCGAGGACCGUACUGGGGUGUCAUGGAGAUGCAAGCGCGCAGUCUGGCGCAGCAAUGGGAUAGACAAGAUACAAAUGCAACUGCUCUGCAAAUGAGAAACCCGCGUCUUUCUUUGUCGUCGUCAUCAUCGUCAGCAUCAAGACGCACGCAAUUCCCCAUGGGUGACUACGUCGGUCUAAUGGAGACUUUUGCCCGCGAGCUCGGAAUCCAACGCACUUCACUACUUUUCGGUACAGAAACACCACCACCACCCCCAGGAGGAAAAAACGAAAGAACCGGUCCAGCAGUUCCCGUCAGAUACUCUGUGCAGAGCACAACCAACAACAAAAACAACAACGCCGAAAUCGCAGCUACGCAUUCGGCUCUAUCCGAUCUGUUACGACCGGCGGGCGAGCGGUGGCCGCACCGGCAACACGCUCUUUCACAAGCAGUCUUUCGCGCACUGCACGGUUCGUGGCGAGUUGAACAGAAAUUAGGGGAAGAAGAAGAAGAAGCAUUGUUGUUCUCUGGCUCUGCUACAUUUCGGCCACGAGCUGUGUCGUCGUUGUCGUUGUCGUCGUCGUCGUCGUCGUCGUCUGCGGGUAUUGAAUACUUGUAUCAUGAAGAGAUCAACAAAAACAGCUGCGACGCCGUCUUUAGCAUCUCCGAGAAUUUCAUUCAUAUCAACCAACCCGACACCACCCUCUCCAGACACAUCGAGUUUGUCGCCAUUCACCCAGACCAAGAUCAAGACCAAGACGGCGAACAAUACCAGUAUCGGCAUUCAGCCCGAGGUAUAUUCUCCGACAAUCCCUCCAAAAAAACGUGCGAGUACGUUUUCCACAUCAAAGGGGUGCAGAUUGUCUCGUGGCAGGAGACAAUAAUAUCAUCACCAUCUGAGGAAAAGCAGAUCAAGACUUAUACCAGAUUUCCCUCUUACAAAUAA